AUGUUAAUAUGUACGAUCUCAAAAUCUCUAGAAGGCGGUUUGAACAAGCCAACAUCUCUCAGAGCAUUUGUACAAUUCGACAGUCAAUUCACAGAAAAAGUAAACGACAUUUUUGUGACAUUGAGAUGGAACCAACCAGAAUUUGUCGAUGAAAUAAUACAAGUGUAUCAAGUGCAGUGUUUUUUCUUCGAGGAUUUUAAAGAAACCUGCGAUGAUAAAAAUAUCACAGCUACAAAAUUGGAGCACAUUGUGCACAAUCUAACAUCUAACACAACAUAUUAUUUUCGAGUACGUGCGCAUACUAAAAUUGUUGCUGGUCCUUACACGGAUUUCAUUAAUGUGUCGACUACACAUGAAAAUCCAAUACCUAAAUUAUUACUCACAACGGAUCUAGAUAUGAAAAUAUUGGACGUGGAUUUAAGAAUUACUAAUACCUUAAUGUCAGGAUAUGUAGAAUAUGUCGCUUAUUCGAUAUAA